UGUCAGUCAGCUGUGUCACCCAAUUGCAACAGUCACCCUUUUCUUCUUCUUCACCCUGUUCUAUGUUAUAAAGCCAUCCAGCAAUUUUAUAAAUUAUGUAUCACGGAAAUUCUAUCAGACUUCUUGCGGGCAAUAGUCACCCAGAGCUCGCCCAUGCCGUGGCCGAGCGGCUUGGAGUGCCCCUCACGCCAUGUAUGCCCAAAAAAUUCUCCAACGGCGAGAUAAACGUCAAGAUCUCCGAAUCCGUCCGCGAGGAAGACGUCUUCAUCAUCCAGUCAGGGUGUAGCGAUGUGAACGACAAUUUGAUGGAACUUCUGAUCCUUAUAUCCGCGUGCAAAACUGCUUCCGCCCGCCGCAUCACCGCUGUGAUCCCGUGUUUCCCAUAUGCCCGUAUGGACAAAAAGGAUGAGUCUAGAGCACCGAUCACAGCAAAACUGGUGGCAAACAUGCUUGUUAGCGCGGGAUGCGAUCACGUCAUUACUAUGGAUCUGCAUGCUAGUCAAAUACAGGGAUUUUUCGACAUUCCCGUAGACAACCUUUUCUCAGAGCCUUUGAUGGUAUCGUACAUCAAGAGGCACAUCGACGGGUGGCAAGAUGGUAUUGUUGUCAGUCCCGAUGCCGGUGGAGCCAAGAGGGUCACUGCGAUGGCAGACAAACUUGGGAUCGAAUUCGCCCUUAUACACCGGAAACGUGAUGGGAAGUCUCAAAAUGCUCCAGAACGCAUGGAGCUUCUGGUAGGAGACGUUCGAGAUAAGGUGGCUAUUUUGGUGGAUGACAUGAUAGAUACUGGCCACACGCUCACACUCGCUGCUCGGACGCUGCAUGAGAAAGGCGCCAAAACUAUUUACGUUCUUAUUUCGCACGGACUCUUCGCGGAAGCCCACAUGGCUUCUUUGAACAGCCUUCCUAUAGAGCAGCUUGUGGUCACAAAUACCGUUCCACAAAACGAGCACAAGGAACAAUUUUCGAAGUUAAUAGCGCUGGACAUUAGUUCUACUAUCGCUGAAAGCAUACGUCGCACACACAACGGCGAAAGUAUCAGCCUCCUAUUCGGUGAAUGGGCCGAAGGCAGGGGUCUUGACAUGAUCAUUUAGUUUAUUUCCCCGCUCUAGAUCCUCCCGUGUCGGUACAUACUUGCAUUCUAGAAACGACACAGUGCAUCAUCAGUUCCUGACUCCUCUCCUCCAUGUGCG